AUGGCAGCAAUAGCAGGAGGAACAUUUAGAAUCACCAACUCUCGUAUCUAUAUAACAGCACCAACUCUUUCUUCCUCUUCUCUAUUUCCUCCAUUAAAAUUGCAAUCAGGUAAUAAAAAGGAUAACCAAUUUCGUUGUGCCGUCCAAGAGUCUUCUACUUCUGCUGUUGCUACCGAGAAGAAAGAAGAAAAAGACUCAACAGUGGAGGUUCCGGUAAAGAAACCUAAACCCGCAGCUGCGAAAGCAGCAGUGGCGGCGAAACCGCUGAGACAGAUGAUGGAGGAAGACGUGAUUCCUCCAUUAAAAGCUAUUCUUGAAGCUCAAGAUGAUAUCUCUGAGAUUGAUUUAACUUUCCAAGACGAUAAGCUUGAGGGAUAUUUCUUGAAGAAAGGUAUUCAAUAUUCCUUCUGGGCUUUCUUCCCCACGGGAAACCUCAUAGGAGCAAAAGGGUUUUCAAUUUCCUCAUAUGGGUCAGGUCCAAGCACAGUGGAGCCGUUUCUGGUCGACGAGAGGAAACCAACCGCGAACCACGUCGUGUUCUGGGUCGAGAAGCGCCUUGCGGCACAAGGGAUUAUUCCCGUUUGGAACCGACGAGGUUAG